AGCAAUCCCUUUUCUCUCCUUUUCCUUUGCUCUCUCUUGGCAAACCUUUGCAGCCUUUAGACUUUGGCUUUGCCAUCUGACUUUACCCAUACCUAGCCAGCUAGCCAGCCAGCCAGCCAGCGAGCAAGGCUCAACAAAAUCAAAAUCUUCUCUCAUCUCUCUCAACUGUGUCUCCUCACCUCAUUUCUUGAUAACCCCAGAAGAGAUUUAAUUUGGAGUGUUAAGUUUCUAUCAUGAAGAGGUUCAGCUUUUAUGAUUCUUCAACAACUUUGCUCUAUCCACACAAAGAAGAGGCAAUGAAGGACAAUUUGGUUUACAAGAAAGGUGAGUUUAUGGGGGGAAUGCUGGAAUAUGAGGAAAGCAUGGAAGAGAUGAAUGUGAAGAAGAAGAGACUAAGUGCAGAACAAGUAAAGGCACUGGAAAAAGUGUUUGAAGCAGACAGGCAACUUGACCCUGAGAGGAAGGUAAAGAUAGCACAAGAGACAGGGCUCCAGCCAAGGCAGGUAGCCAUAUGGUUCCAAAACCGCCGCGCCCGCCAUAAAACUAAGCAGAUGGAGAGGGAUUACACCCUCCUCAAGGCCAACUAUGAAGCUCUUCACCUCAAUUAUACUAAAGUUGAACAAGAGAAACAAGGCUUGAUUGCAGAGCUAAAAGGGCUAAAACAGAAGAUUGGAGAAGAAAAUACUGCAGGGCUCCAUCACUCUGCUAAAGAACCAACUAUCAAUUUAGGUUCCCAAAACCAAGAGCACAGAACAGCCAAUUAUGCAGCAGCCUAUAAUACCUCCCAACAUUCACCAGAUAGUGAUUCAAGUGGAGUCUUGAACAACAAUGAAGAUUGCAGCCUCAAUACUGUGCAGUUGAUGCACAAAAUCUCAACCGUUCAUCAAUGCUCGGAUUUCGCCAACGUGGAGGAUCGAUCUGGGGGCCUUGGCUGCACAGAGGAUUCUUGCAACAUCUUCUCUGUUGAUGAGGCACCUGAUGAGUUUUAUUGGUAAUGCAGUGAGCAGAGAAAUUGAAGUAGAGGUUAUUUAGCAGUUCAUAAUGGCAAUUCAAUAAAUUUAGCAUUUGUAGUAUUAAGCCAUCAAGAAGCUUAUGUUCAAGAGUUAAUUAGUUUGAAUGCUAAACUUUGGUUAA